AUGGCUGCAGAUUCAGAUAUCAUGGCUCAGAUGGCUGCUCGCCUGAUGGGAGGACCGCGUCAAGCGCCACCAGUGAAGCCUUCAAAUGCCUCAACUCCGUCACCAGCAGUUCCUCGCACGCUCCCAGCGCCAAGCCCUAAUGGCAGCACAACCCCUGCGACAUUUCGACCACAACCAUCUCUCGCGAAGACCCCUGAGGUCAAAAUCACUCCCCCGAGCACCACUGUCGCCCCUUCCCUCACCUUCUCACCCACCACGAUACCCUCUCCCACCCUUAUGGAGCGCGACAUGAACGCAAACAGGGGUCCAGCCCUCAGGGGAGACCCCACUCAGCUCAAGGCUGCUCGUCAGUUCAUGAACGAGCUCAGUGGAGGCAAGAAGGGCUCGCAUGGGCGACCUAAGCCAUCACGCCACGACAGUAUGUCAUCCACCACCAGCUCGGUACGCAGCACGAAGGCUCACGACAUGCCAUCGCCGCGCCCUGGCUUCAGCUGUGUGGCGGCUGGCCGCCCUACUCCACCAGCUCGCGAAAUCACGCUUGGUGGCUGGCAGGGCUUCUCCUCGAGCACGAGCAACAAACAGCAAGCACCAGCAAUUUCUUCGACUCAGCCAAAGGCACUUUCAGCGUCAUCACCGAUACUGGCUGUCGUAAGGAAGCCAAGCGUGCAACCCGCAACUUCUGGUUCGACCAACACCCUUGCCACCCCUGCUCAGCAGCCAAUCUGUGUCCAGACGCCCGCCACACCCGUCAAACAAGAUGCUGGUGCCGGCUUGCUAAGCCGCCAAAUGGCGAGUGUGAACACCACUCUCACUAGCAAUACCAACAGCGUCCCUCCUCACCUUCGUAAGAAGGCUGAUGCAGGCGCCGCAAAGCCAGCCGCUUUGCCAACCAUCAAGCCCACUGCAACUCAAGAGAGAACUCCCCAACUUCUCUCCGCUACUGAUAAGGCCGAGAAGAAGGACGACACGCCACCAGCAUCUACUCCAGUGGCCGCUACCGAUGCGAGCGGUAACGUCGAGCUCGAAAAGGAGAUCAAGAUCGAACCCAAGGCUACUCAAGGUCCUCCUAUGAAUUCCUUCGCCUUCAGCACCUCUCCCAAAUCCCUCAAAUCCGCCAUCUCCACCGUCAACGGAGCACCCCUGGGGACCCCGAUGAAUCCUAUCGAUGUCGAUGCGCCAUUCCCGCCGUCACCUUCUACUUCGAGCAACUUCGUGACCGGCCAAGAUGAUGCCAAGAAGCUUGUCUGGAUCAUCGCCGAACUCCAGGACUUGAAGUCACAGGUCAAGGAGCUGGAGACCGAGAACCUCGAGCUCAACCAGAAAGCAGAGCGUUUGCAAGAGUCUGAGGAGCGUCGAAAGUUCCUUGGUACGGACGAUGCUAGGGCUCCCUUCACUAUCUCGAUCCAGAACCCACAUGGCCAGACUCACGCAUUCCAAGCUAGCAAGGAAAAGAAGAUCAAGCAGCUCAUUCUUGAUGCUCGCUUCAAAUUCAAGCUCGACAAGGAUAGCUGCAAGGCGCCUACUUUGAGCUUCAAGGGCAAGCAAGUGGGUCAUGCGAUGAUGAUGGGGGAGAUUGGUGUUGUUCAAGGCAGCACUUUGGCGUUCAACUACGCUGGGGCGGAUGAUGAGGAGCUGUAG